AUGACGGCAUACCUGAGCUGGUUGCCGCUUCUUCCUUCUCGUGCUCCCAAACAUGACGACGUUCCGUUCCUGGAGAUUUGUUCCCAAUUAAAGAGCCUUGAAUCCGUGUACCCAAAUCAAAGCCUCCAAUGUCGUGUUCGCGGCCCGUCGAAGCGGCUCUUCUGCACUGGACGAGACGAAUUACAACCGAGGCAAAGACGCGAGUCCCGGCAUGACGCUGAUAACGACGACGAUGACAAUGUUGAUGUUGAUGACGAUGUAGUUGCAGUUCCGUAUUGGACAGGCGAAAAGCGUCCAGUAGCUGCCUCGUCCCCUACAGUAGGUAGCCCUGCAGUAGCCCCCAAGGAUAACGCUGGUUUCUGUCCGGCUCACUACUUUACGUCAUUGCCUCUAGCACCGAGAGCCAGUACGAACACGUACCGAGCAAUGGCUGCUACCAGAAAAAGAGACUUUCGUCAGGCGAAGGCUCGUGGUCGCCACACGGUUCCAUGUACUAAAUCUGUCCAGCAGCGAAAGCCAAGCCAGGUCAACCUCAUGGUCUCGCCUGUCCCGUAUCCAACACCAUCCAACAAAUAUGAAUCAGCCGGUUGA